AUGGAGCCGGGCAGCUCCCCGCUGCUGCCCCAGGGGCUGGCCACCCUUCCACCCCCAGCUCCGGCGCUGCCCGUGCCCCCCGGCUUCCUCCGCCCGCCCAGCCUCUUCUUGCGAGCAGCGGCCGCCGCUGCUGCAGCCGCCGCCGCCGCCGCCACUGGCGGCUCCAGCCCCUGCUGCCCGGCGGCGGGGGGCCCGGAGCGCGGCGCCUGCUUGCCGCGGACCCCGAAGUGCGCCCGCUGCCGCAACCACGGCGUGGUGUCCGCGCUCAAGGGCCACAAACGCUUCUGUCGCUGGCGGGACUGUGCCUGCGCCAAAUGCGCGCUGAUCGCCGAGCGCCAGCGGGUCAUGGCCGCGCAGGUGGCGCUGCGCCGGCAGCAGGCGCAGGAGGAGAGCGAGGCCCGGGGGCUCCAGCACCUCCUGCAGCAGCGCCCGCCCGCCGCCCGUGGGGAGGCGGCGCUGAGCCUGGCGGCCACGGGCCGCGGAGCUGCCGGGCGGGCGCCGGCGCGCGGGGGCGCGAGCGCGGAGCUCCAGCCGGGGAGAAGAGAAGGGCAGGUGCAGAAGUAUGACUCAUACUUCAGGGUGUUGGAAGGUCCUGUAGUCCUAUCACAUCCUCCUCCCCUGAUAUCUUCGCCUGAGUCAGCAGAAGCUAGUGGAAGCUAUAGUGUGAAGUCGUCUGCCCUGGAAAUCUCAGAAAAGGAAGAGACUGUUCAGUGUCCUAAUCUGGAGCAGCAGUUGGAAGGUGUCGAAAGUUCAGGGUCCCUUUCUUCUUCAGACAUGGAAUCAGGAAAUGAAAGUGAAUGGUCCAAGGAUUUUGCUGCCCCCAGUUCCAGUCCGCCUGCUGCUGCUUCAAGACAAAGAGACCCACUUGGCAUUCUCACCAAAGUCUUUCCUAGUCAUAAACGAAGCAAGCUGGAGAGUAUCCUGCAGUUCUGCAAAGGAGAUGUGGUCCAAGCCAUAGAACAGAUCUUGAAUAGGAAAGAGAAUAAACAAAAUGUCAAAGACUUUGCAAACCCAUCUAGAUCUGAAUUUAGUGCCUUACAGAGAGCCUCUAAUUUUAGCCUCACAGGAUUAGAUGUUGGAGCAUUUGGCAAUACAUCAGCUUUCUCCCCUCUUCAAACCAGUUCUACAUCAUUUGGAAAUGCAACAAAUCUUCAUGGCCUAAAUCCUAGACUGGGGAUUAGCCCUCUAAAACUGGCUUAUUCCACCCCUGGAAGAGGGCUGCCUGGAUUUAUGUCACCCUACUUAACACCUGGACUGGUUCCAGCUUUGUCUUUUCACCCAGCAAUGGACUACUCCUUUUCAGGAGUGAUCAAGGAUGCUUCUUACUUUCCGAGUAAAGAGUCAGUCACUAGCAGUGGAAUUUACUCAAGGCUAAAUCAAGAAAACCAGUAG